GAGAGACAGACAGACGCGCCGGUGCAUAUAGAUCGGGCGAUACUAAAGCCACAAGAAUCGACUUGACUGCUUCAGAUUCGCAUCUAUUCUAUAUGACGGGGAUGUACACGUUAAACUACACCUCGACUUUUUCAUUCUUCCUAUACCUUUUCGGUUCUUUCUUUGUAAAGUUUUAGCGAAAGCAGGGCGAAUUUUUAAGUGAAAAGUUAACGAAAUAAUAAUAAUAAUAAUAAAAAAAAAAAAAAAAAACCCGAAGGUAUUCCGCCUCGUGUGAUUUUAGCUAAAGGUGUUACCCUUAGUGGCAUUUAUUUAUUUCCUUGUUUAUUUAAAUUAUGUCACGAAGGAAGCAGAAACGUCCUCAGCAGCUCUUAAACCCAAACUUGGACGCUUCCCCAGUCACUUCUACAAUCGGUGACAACGCAGAAAAAGCCACUGAUGACAGCAGGCCUCUGACAGACAACCCCGCAGUGUGCGAUCAAUGCUGUGCGCAAUUCAGCCAGCAUAGUGAACUCCUACAGCAUCACAAGCACUGUCCCUCCAACCAGCUGGUCAUCAUCCCACCCUGCUCUAGCAACGACCCCUCCCCUUUCCCUACAAAACAAGAGGGUCACACAAACACCUCCCUCAAUCCCAGCUCCUCCCACCCAGGCCACACCCCUUACAGCUUCAGCCCCUCCCAGCCCGGCUCCCAUAGAGGGACCAGGAAAGUCCCAUUCGGUGAGGUGGGGCCUUUUGCCCUGCAAAAACAGAGUGGAAGAGACAUGGCCUCUCCAAAAUUAGGAGUUUCAGCCUUCACCAAUACCCCUUCUCCUACACAUCCCGGUUCUUCCACUCCAGCCUUUGACAGUGUGCCUAGCCCAACUACCCCUCCCAAUUUCGGGGAAGGGAAAAACUUUUUAAGCAUCCCCAUGAUUUUGGAAGAGCUGCGGAUUCUGCAACAGAGGCAAAUCCACCAGAUGCAAAUGACAGAGCAGAUAUGCCGACAGGUUUUACAGCUGGGCUCCCAUAAUAAUAAUUAUAAUAAUUAUCGGAAUACCAGUUUAGAAUCAUCCCCCAUCUAUAAUUCCAUUCUCCAUACAGAAUCGUCCCCGCAAAUCCUUAAACCCAUCAAUCCGGGUUUGCUUCGAUUGCUAGUCCCGAAUUCCAUUUACAAAACCGAAGACGGCAACCCUGGGCAUAAACCCAUAGCUGCCAGCGCACCAUAUCUCCCCAAAUUCGGCCCUGAUCUCCAAAACCUUUCUCCCAGUUUAGGGGCCACUCUGGGCCACCUAGUGCCACCCACUUUGAGAGAUUACCCAGUGUCCUUUGAGAAAUCCGGAGGGGAAGACCGCCACCGUUGUCGGUUUUGUGGCAAAACGUUCGGCAGUGAUUCCGCCUUGCAGAUCCACUUGCGAUCUCACACAGGGGAGCGCCCUUAUCAGUGCACCAUCUGCCUGAAUCGAUUCACCACCAGGGGCAAUCUGAAGGUGCAUUUCCACAGACACAGGGAGCAUUAUCCUCAUGUUUCUAUGAAUCCGUAUCCCAUGCAAGAAACCAGUGACGCCAGUAACAAUAACGAAAAUGAGUUUGGAAGGUCAUCCAGUAUCCCAGGAUCCUCCAGCACAGCUUCCACCCCCUCCCCCAGCUCCAAUCUCAUCCCCUUCCCUUUUUCCGCCCCCCACCAAAAAGUUCCCACGAUCCCCCUGCCACCCAGCAUGGACCUGGCCCUGCUGACGACCGCCCAUUCCUUGCUGUCCCUAAAUCGGCCUCCAUCCAAUGCGGGAGAGGGCAAACCAGACGAAAACACGCCUCCGCAGUCACAGGUCCCGAAAAUCUUGCCUGGUUUCGUUUUCAGCCAACUGCGGCCGUCCGGGCCAUAUUCGUCUUUUUCCCCUCUCCCCAAACCGUCCGAGACAUCCAAACUGCAACGCCUGGUGGAGAACUUGGACAAGCAGUCAGCUGUUACUCAGAUUCUGAGUUUGAGUGGUGAUGCCGCUAACGGGCACCAGUGUACCCUAUGCCAUCGAGUUUUAAGCUGCCCGCGUGCAUUACGCCUACAUUAUGCCACGCAUUCUGGAGAGCGGCCUUUCCGGUGCAAGGUUUGUGGCCGCGCCUUUUCCACCAAAGGGAAUUUGCGUGCCCACCAGGCUACCCACAAAUCCCGACCCCUGGCCCGCGCCCAAAACUCCUGCCCCAUAUGCCAACGCAAAUUCACCAAUGCAGUCGUUCUCCAGCAUCACAUACGAAUGCACCUGGGUGGGCAAAUCCCCAAUCUCCCCAAUAUUUCCACCGCACUCCCUGGGUUGUUACCAGAAGCUGGGAGGAGAGUUUCAGAUAAAGGGAAUAUGGGCCCCCAGCUGAAAAGCGAGGGAGAGAGGGAGGAAGAAGAGGAAGGAGGUGACGAAGCCGGGCAACCCUCACCAACUUCUGCCCCGGAAGGCUCCGCUACAAGCAAUUCCGAAGGGUGCGCCAACUGCAAAAAAAAUGGUAGCCCCUCCAAAAUCGGGGGUUGCGAACAUUGCAACCCCAGGGUCCAUCACCCCGAAUUGGGUGAUUCUGAGAUCCAGGGUUCAUCUGAAAACGAGGGGGUUCCCUUUCUUGCAGAGGAUUAUGUGAGUCACGUCAGCCCUGGGGUGAAUUUCAUCCCAGAGACCCCAGCUGGCUCUCCCUACCCACCCACACCAGGCUCUCUGGCUAUCACCCCCCCUGCUAAUUCAUCUCAGACCCCCAGGAAGCCCCCCCAAACAGGCCGACAGCACCUGUGCCUGUCCUGCAACAAGACGUUCUCCUCCGCCAGCGCACUGCAGAUCCACGAUCGGAUUCACACGGGAGAGAAACCGUACAGCUGCGCAGUGUGCGGGAGAGCGUUCACUACCAAGGGCAACCUGAAGGUCCACAUGAGCACCCAUGUGUGGAGCAGCACCCCUCCUCCAGCCAGGAGAGGACGGCGGCUCUCCUUGGACCACUCCGCCCUUGUCCCUCUGCUGCCUACAGACCCCCUGUCCUUCCCUGCAGCUCCCCCAGUGGUCGGGGUGAGCGGGGGAGGACCUCUGUCCUUCUGGAACCAAUACACAGCCUUCCUGUCCAAUACGAUGGCCCCUAAGCACAAAGAGGCAGGGCUUACAGCCACUGCAGCCAAUAGAAUUGUCCCUCCUGCCCCAGUUGCUGCUUCUGUUGCUGCUGCUCCUCCUAUCCCGCUCACUCCCCCGCCAUUGGCUGCAGUUCCUGUUGUGGGAGACGCGGGUUUGAGUUCCAGAGACACAGGAUUGACUGAGACUAACCCGGCAGCUGAGACACCCCUCCCCCCAGUGGUCAGGGCUCCUGAGGGGGUUCCAGAUAAAGAGAUUGGCUCUGAGAGAAGAGGUGGCAGGGAAGAGGUGGAGUCUCUAGUGGAGCAGAGGCCAGGGGAUCUCGAUACAGACAGCAAGGAAACGGUUGCUGAAGAGAUUCACUGGGAGAAAGAGCUGCCUUGAUUUGAAUUUCUCUUGGUUCUAGAACACCAUAAAUAGGGGGUUUCAUGGCUGUAAAGGAACACUAGAACAUUUAGAUUUUUGGAUCAAGGAGAAGCAGCCGAGAUGUUUGUUGUUUUUUUUUCUAGCGCGAAGAGAGGCUAUAGAACGAAAUGUUUUUAGGGGGGGGGGGAAUAUGUUUGAAAAAUCUAGAGCGUGGAAUUCUAGAAAAUUUGUGUUGCUUUUAGAACAACAGAAAUCUAGAACAUGUUAUUUUCUUGUGGCGGAAGACUUGAAAAACAGUGCUUAAAGUCAGAGCACUGCAAAAAUAUUUUUUGAGGAACAAAUGGAUCCAUUUUGAGAAAUAGAAUCCUACAAUUUAGGGGAAAAGACAACCAUGUCUGGACACUAGAUAACGUCAUUGUAUAAAGACAGCUACAGAUAGCUAUUAUAGAACUAAAAUAUUAGUAAUACUCUCUAGAUAAUAAAACUGUAGUGGAACCAAUGUGUUAUACUUGAUAAGUUCCAGAGCUAGAGGAACUCUAGAACAAUGACUUGAAAAGGUUCUAGAAGUUAUCUAGCUCAUAUUCCAGCUGCUGUGUCGUGAUCACUGUGCAGACUGACCCCCUCACAAGGGACGUCUCUUCUCUUACUGUUCUCCAUGUUUGAAAGAUGUAGGAAUUGAUUUAGCUAAGUAGUUAGUUUUCUUAUUAACUGUUGUCCCUUUUUUUAGAUUAAGCAAGACGGGGCUAGCACACUCCUCUUAUAUCAAGUGUAUUUUCUCAUGU